AUGCUCAUAAUCGGGCCAAGUACAUACCAAAAUAGUUAUGGGCUUAGACACCUAAUCCAACAAAAAGAAGUUGCUAACCUACAAGGGGCGGUUGGCACUGUAAUUCAAUGGCCCCGGAUUGCAAUUAUUCUCGCAAAGGAACAAAGAACUAAGAAACAAAUUCCAACCACAAGUUUGGUGCCAACAAAUGCAAGGGCUGGUACAAACAAGAACAUACCCAACCAAGCAGCCAGCAAGGCAAGGCCGAUUGAAUAUCUUCGUGAUUGCUUGAAGACCAACCCAGUGGUUAACAUUGUAGCCGAUUCUGGGAUCUUGGAAGUCGUGACAUAUGAUUUUUCGGUUACAAGUGAAGAAUAUUUUCGAUUGUUGAGAAAACAAACAACUGAUGCUUCCAUCUUGACUGCUUGGCAACUGAUUCUUUAUUCAAUGGUUCGAACACGCAUGAAAAAAUGUGCUUUCUUGAACCCCUAUAAUAUUCUAGGGGAGGCAUGCCAGAAAAACCCAGAGGGUGUUGUUAGUUAUCUUGUUGAUUCCAUUCGUCUGCACCACGGAAAAUUGUUUCUUGUUGCACCAUAUUUGCAAAAGGCUUUCAUGAGGUAUGAAAAAGACACUUCAACUCCAAUUGGAUGGAUUUUUGUUGAGUGCAACCAACAACUUGGUGGUUUAGAGAGUGGGCAUUAUGUAAUGUGA